AGGCGUCCGGGCUCCCAACCCACCCCAUCCCCCACGGGGACCCAGGCGUCCGGGCUCCCACCCCCCCGGGACGUUGCCCAGGACCAGGCGCUCCGGGUCCGGUCCGCUCUGAGCCCGCGCGGGGGGCGCCGAGCUGCCCCGGCCCCGCUAACCGGGCGGGUCUCUCCGAAGGAGCCGAACAACCUGAAGGCCCGAAACUCCUUCCGCUACAACGGGCUGAUCCAUCGCAAGACGGUGGGUGUGGAGCCCGCGGCGGACGGGAAGGGGAUCGUGGUGGUGCUGAAGAAACGGGCAGGCCAGCGCAAGCCAGCCACGUCCUACGAGAAGACGACCAUUAACAAGAACGCCCGGGCCACGCUCAACAGCCUGCGUCACAUCAUCCGCAAGAACAACUACCGAAAGGAUCUGCGCAUGGCUGCUCUGCGCCGCGCCAGCGCCAUCCUGCGGAGUCAGAAGCCGGUGGUGGUGAAGAAGAAGAGAACCCGGGCUACCAAGACUGCGUGAAUGGCUAGCACGUCCCAAUAAAGGGUUCAAACCAG